GCCUCCUGUGUGCAGCAUCGCCUGGUGAUUCGGGAUGCCAAGUCCCUGCAGCUCCGACAGCUCUACACCUGCCUGGAUCAGAUCCAGCACAUCCAGUGGUCCUCAGACUCCCUGUUCGUCCUGUGUGCCAUGUACAAGCGAGGGGUUGUCCAGGUCUGGUCCCUGGAGCAGCCGGAGUGGCACUGUAAGAUCGACGAGGGCUCCGCAGGAUUGGUGGCCUCGUGCUGGAGUCCGGACGGGCGUCACAUCCUCAACACCACCGAGUUCCAUCUGCGGAUAACCGUGUGGUCCUUGUGCACAAAGUCUGUGUCUUACAUCAAGUACCCCAAAGCCUGUCAGCAGGGGGUGGCUUUCACCAGGGAUGGGCGGUACAUGGCCGUGGCCGAGCGACGCGACUGCAAGGACUUCAUCAGCAUCUUCGUCUGCAGCAACUGGCAACUGCUCAGGCACUUCGACACGGAGACGCAGGAUCUGUGUGGGAUCGAGUGGGCUCCCAAUGGCUGUGUGCUGGCUGCGUGGGACACGUGUCUGGAGUACAAGCUGCUGCUGUACUCCCUGGAUGGCAGACUGCUCUCCUCCUUCCGCGCCUACGAGUGGCCCCUGGGCAUCAAGGCAGUGGCCUGGAGCCCCAGCAGCCAGUUCCUGGCCAUUGGCAGCUUUGAUGAGAAGGUGCGGAUCCUGAACCACGUGACGUGGAAGAAGAUCACAGAGUUUGAGCAUCCAGCAACCAUUGCCAGCAAAAAGACUAUUGUAUAUAAAGAAGUGGAGAAAGCAUUGGCUAGUUCUCUCUUCAGCACAAAGAGUAAAUAUGACAUUUCCCAGGUGCCAGUCUCACUGCAGUACAUCAAACCAGUCGCUGACAAGGCAAACCCCAAGGUGGGAGUUGGGAUGUUGGCGUUCAGUGCUGAUAACUGUUUCCUGGCAACCAAGAAUGAUAACAUUCCCAGUGUUGUCUGGAUCUGGGACAUCCAGAAGCUGAAGCUGUUUGUGGUGUUGGAGCAGCUGUGCACAGUGCAGUGUUUCCAGUGGGACCCGCAGCAGCCUCGCCUGGCACUGUGCACGGGGAACAGCAAGGUGUACCUGUGGUCCCCAGCUGGCUGUGUGGCUGUGCAGGUGCCUGGGGAAGGUGACUUCCAGAUCGUGUCUCUCUCCUGGCAUCCCAACGGGGAUUCCUUGCUGCUCCUGAGUAAGGACAACUUCUGUGUGUGUUACUUAGAGAGAGAAGAAGUAAAAUAA